UUUGCCGAGGUUUUAAAGAGUCACAGCCCUUAGCUCAUCAGACCAAUCUUCUCUUUCAAGUUAAAACGUUCACAUCUCGUUCUUGACCACCAAUCAAACUAGACAUGCCUAGAGCUUUUUUGAUUCGCCGUCAUAGUCCCUCACUGGAUCCAGAUGACAUUAAUGGACCACGGGACAACAGCCCCGAAAGAUGCGUGUCUACCGCAGAAGCAGACUCCAGCACGAGUAUCGCCGAGAUGUCUGUCCCGCUGAAACCUGCUAGCCCUAAGUCUCCUGCCUACCUCUCCCGCCUCCUCGACUACUCCAUCCCUCUUCCUUUAAUGCCUUACUUUAGGGAAGAGCAAAAGGAACCAUUAAGUUUAACUGUGGAUCAUAUUCCUUCUACAUACAAAGCUGAUCACGUUGAUGUUGAGACAACAAGGCCUCUUGAGGAUGUAAUUUUUCAAGAGCAUCUGGUGGUUUCAGAAAUGAAACUGGCUAUUAGCCAUUCCUGUUCCGAUUGUGGUAAGGUGUACAGCACCAGUAGCAAUCUAGCUCGCCACAGGCAGACCCAUCGUAAUGUUGCAGACAAGAAAGCUCGUAAAUGUCCUCAUUGUCAGAAAGUGUAUGUGUCCAUGCCAGCGUACAGCAUGCACGUGCGCACCCACAGUCAGGGUUGUCAGUGUGUGUACUGUGGCAAGUGCUUUAGUCGACCCUGGCUUCUCCAGGGGCACAUUCGUACCCAUACAGGUGAAAAGCCAUUCUUAUGCCCAAUCUGUAACAAGGCAUUUGCUGAUAAAUCCAACCUGAGAGCCCAUAUCCAAACCCAUUCCUCCACUAAACCCUAUAUCUGCCAACGAUGUGGUAAGGCUUUCGCUCUCAAAAGUUACCUUUACAAGCACGAAGAGUCCUCGUGCAUGCGCUUAAACCGACAGCAGAAAUUAAGUCGAGGAUCAAAUAGAUACUCUUCUCAAGAGGUUUUGUCAAAAGAACAGUCAUUUACUCCCAGUCCAGAGGCAUCUUCUCAACUUCUUCAUGAGUAAAUGUGAACCAUGAAAAUGUAUUGGUAUUUACGAAAUAAGUGAUGGAAUAAUAAUACCGAUCCUAAAGAAACAAUAUUUUUGUCAUUAACAAGUGUAAAGGGAUUGUUCACCUUGUGGAUAAGUGCAGAGUCCACAAAUUCCGUUUGAUUGUAAAAAACGAGAACUCAUUUUUACGUCGAGCAACGUAGUAAGAAAAGAGACACAUCUGCAUCACAUUUAAUCUUAAUGCGUUUAUCUUUUAUAACCACUAUUUUAUGAAACACAUAAAACUUAGCAUAGUCUUCAUUUACAAACAGAGAACAAAGAAUAUUAUAUAACACGUUUGUUUUGCAUAGAUCUUAACAUUUCAAAAUAGUUUUACCGACCAUCAAAGCAUGCUGAAGAUGGAGGAUAGUUUUCCUUCCCGUUAUUCCAAUCUUGACAUUAAUCACUCCAGGUGCAUCCAUUGAAAGUGAAAGCGUUUUGUUACAGGCAUACAGCUAUUAAAUUCCAUUUUAUAAGAUAGUACAACAAUGUUUUAUACAAAGAUAACCAGAAGACAUAUCGUCCUGGUUGUCAUCUAUCGUGGGAAAGUGGUUUUGGUGAGCACGAAAUCGUUUUUGUAUAUUUCAUAAACUUCAAUGAAUCCUUUCAAAUGAAAAUGUUCUAAGUAUUAAUGUGUCCGAUUAAACGGUCAUUUAUUGGUUCUAAUUUAAAAAGGAGUCAUCUACGUAAUUAAUAAUUUUCAAUCAAAUACAGCAAACAUAUGCACAAUUCAUCACAGAGUAAGUAAGUAAGGACCAACAUUUUUUUCAUUACUGAUUUUAUAGUAAUACAAUGUAUUUUAUUAAAAUAUUUCAAAGUUUUCUGUGCGAAUGUUUGUCGUGUUAUAAGCUUUGGGUGGACGAAACGUCCAAUAUUAAAAGUUUUUUAACUGGCGUCCGUUGCUCUAGAACUACAUUAACAUUUGGAGAUAUUUUGAUUAUUAGUUAGUUUCGUGGAUUUGGAGAGUAAUUUUCCACUAAUUCCAAUUUUGUACGAUGAUAUUUUUAUAAUAUAAUUGAUUGCCAUGCGUUUACUAAUUAUCUAAUUGUAACACUGAAUGGUAUCGUAUUAAUUUC